UUUGUCAAUAAUUUAUUAUUGAUUACUUAUACAAGAUGUCAGAGGAUAUAUCCGAGGAAUUGGUGGUGGAGUUCAAAGAAGCCUUCGCUCUAUUCGACGAAGACGGCGACGGUUUGAUAGACACCAGUGAACUGGGCACGAUAAUGCGAGCCCUCGGCCAGAACCCCACCGAAAGCGAGCUGGAGGACAUGAUCAAGGAAAUCAACACGGGGAAAAUCAACUUCCCGAUAUUCCUCAAGAUCAUGGCGGUGAAAUUGAAAUCGACCGAUAACAGCGAGGAGCUCAGGGAGGCCUUCAGAGUGUUCGAUAAGGACGGUAACGGGUUCAUCUUGGCCUCGGAAUUGCGGUAUGUCAUGACCCACAUGGGGGAGAAACUCUCCGAAGACGAGGUCAACGAUAUGCUGAGAGAAACCGAAAUCGACCGGGACGGGUGUAUUAAUUACGAAAAAUUCGUCAUCAGCAUGUCUACCGUUUAAUUAACAGCUUCAAUUCGAUUAGUUUGUACAAAAUUAUCAAUUAAUAUUGUCUACAACUUGAAGUUUGGCUACCAUUUAGUUACUUACUUCGCCGCCAUCUUGAACAAAAGUUGUC